CUAUCUUUUUUGCCAUGCCCAUACACCCCGCCGGAAGUGAUGACAAAUCACAGGAAAAAGGCGGAAAAUGGAGGCGGCGGUGUUUAUCGUGUCGCUGGUCGACUGUUGUGCAUUGAUUUUUCUGUCUGUGUACUUUAUUAUAACUCUGUCUGAUUUAGAAUGUGACUACAUUAAUGCCCGAGCUUGCUGCUCCAAACUGAACAAAUGGGUAAUACCCGAGUUGAUUGGCCAAACUCUAACGACUGUGAUGAUGAUGGUGUCUAUGCACUGGUUCAUCCUUAUCCUCAACCUGCCUGUAGCUGCAUGGGAUCUCUACAGGUAUGUAAAGGUGCCAUUGGGUAAUAUGGGGGUCUUUGACCCGACUGAGAUCCACAACAGGGGGCAACUGAAGUCCCACAUGAAGGAGGCGAUGAUUAAACUCGGCUUCCACUUGCUCUGCUUCUUCAUUUAUUUGUACAGCAUGAUCCUGGCACUAAUCAACGAUUGACCUCUGUGGGAAGCCUCCUGAAAAACACUGCCCAAUGCCUCGUUAUCAUGGGUUUUGAAGAUUAGUCUGGUCCUGUAUGCAUAGAACAUUGCACAAAACGGUUUCCCUGAACCACAACAACUCUGCAGUUCAGUUUGUAAGGGGUUGGUAUUGGUUAUUAGGUUUGCAGGCCACUGAUUCUGUUCUGACAAGCUCUAUGCAUACAAGCCCUUAGUUAAGGUCAGAGCAGCAUCACGCACCACCACUGGAACUCUUAGGAUUUCCCAGCCUUCCCCCCUAAAGAAAAUUACGAUGGCCCAUGAAUCUGAAUCAUGCCUGUGUGUUAAUGUGUUGACAGGCAUUUGGCUGCCUGUAUUAUUUUGGUUGGAUGUUUUUCUUCUUUUUGCAGGCACGCUGGUGAGCCGCAUAUUUAAUGCACUGGUAAAUGUGACUGUGGUUAUCCAAAGCAUUGCUUGCACUGUUUACCUCGGCAGUGGGUGACAAUCACAUCAGUUUAUUCCUUUCACCAUGAAACCCUUGUCUCCAACCUAUCCCGUUGUCUGUCUAGCAUGUUUUCAAUGAAAAUCCUUUUUUUUUUAGAUCUUUUAACAUUCUUUAAUGUUUUUGCCAUGGUUUAAUAAUAAUAGGGGAAAUGUGUCAUUAUUUACUGCAGCAAGUCAAUCUGAAAGUAAUGGGGGCAGAUUUACAAAAUUAAUUACUUUUUUACCCAUAUGGUUUGUUAUUUAAAUUCUUUUUUUAUAUACAGGAAUGAAGUGGUUCAGUGUAUGGAGCGGUUUCUACUUUAUGACUAUAGUGAGGCUAUAUAGUGGGUUGACGUAAAGGCUUUCCGAAUGACCUGAUUAUAAUCAAACGGUGAAUGUGAAUGUCUUCAAAUCCCAAUCAUUGGCAGAUUCAUCUGACAUUCAAAGGUUUCUCAGGGGAAUACACAAAUCCAAUUAAGAAAAAAAUUAAAUGCACUCCAGUGUUUUCUUAUCGACUCAUUAGUGACCUUGGGAGUGUGAAAUAGAAUCUACACGCUAAGCAUCAGUAUUCACAGACCUGUGGGUGUUUUGUUGAGAGACUAUAACUGACUGCUUGAACUGAUCUGCAGUGUUCUUCAAUUGUUCAAGUUCAUUUCCAUUUGUAAUUGGCUCACAACGGUUCACCAUUUGGAGAUUAAUAAAUUUGAAUGUGAGAUUGAAUCGUUUUGUUUGAUUUAUAUGUUCAAACAGAUGCAGCCUGCAAAUUAGAGCGGAGUGAUUGUGAAAUUCAUGACCACUCAAAAUGGCAUGUGCAUUCAAAACCCUAAAUGGAUAGUCGGAUGGCACCGUCGACCAACACGAGUGGACACUUAAUUAUGUGUUUUUAACACACUUUAAAACCCUGAAUGCUUUAUUGAAAAUAUGCAUACAUAACACUUCUCCUACACAAUACGUAACAGUACAAUCAUUUAAUUAAUACAUUUAAAUGUAAAAUGAAUUCUUGCAAACCUGACCACGAAUGUCAUUUUUUAAGCUUUUGCCAAUAACGCUUACCACAAAGGAAAGAAAAAACACAUUUAGCCCCCAAAUUAUUCUAAAGUAAACAUAAAAAGAAACCUUGCAUAAGCACAACCUAGUACACCAUAUCUGUGAUUCUUUUAGUGUUUGAUAUUGUAUGCAGGUACGUCUACCUUUUGUGUGUGUACCACUAAUGUGUGUAAUGUUCAGUGACAGAUUGCUGGUGGCUCGUAUGCCCUCUGAGCAGGCACAUUUUCUAAUGCAGUGAAGAUCUGCCUGCAACAGCAGCAGCCUCAUAAUACAUGCCAUAACAUAGAAAGAUACAGCACAUACUACAAAGAACACCAUAACUGGUAGGGCUGUGGGUCUCAAUCUCCUAAGGGACCCACUUUGUACAAAUUCAUAUAUAGGAAUGACACACGUGUACCAAAUGUGCAAUGUGAUCAACUGAUGCUAUUUAACUCCACCUGAGUGGAGACGAUGACUGAUGAAAUGAAUGUGGCCAUCUAAAUGUGAUAAAGAUUUCAAUACAUUAUUAGUUUAACACAGACAUCUUGUGAUUAAAAAUACAAAUAAAAACCUGUAAAUGAGGAGAACGAGAAAGAGACAAGCAAAAAUAAAAAGAUGUUGGAGGAAGGGCACACAUACACACUCACCGAAGGCAAGGAGAAAGUGUCAGGGGUGAUGAUGACGAGGGAAGUACGAUGGCUCACCAAACAGACCAGGAUGACAAAACAGCAUUAUCAUAAAUAGCCAACCCCACAGUGCAGAGGGUAAGGUUAACAGCCGAGUAAAAAACAGAUCAUCCUUUUCCAAUUAUAGCUCUUUUUAUAUUCCACGACGACAGCGACAGCUCCUAAAUAACUCUCAGAAGGAAGCUAAACCCACUGUACAUGCUUCAACGGGUAUAUCACAGACAUACAACACUGCUGGAAAACACGGCGGAACACGCUCACCUAAUCUCGGAUCCAGAACUUCAACUAUGCUGUAGCCGGACUUCUGGGGGGGAAGCUGUACAACACCUGGGCCCGAACCCAGAAAGGGUGAGGGGCGGUGUUUCAUGUGUUUAACGGAGCUAUUCUUCCAAAGGGAAACUCAUCAGGGGGC